CACCGACCUCGUUUGAACCGCUGUUGGCGUCUCAUCGCAUCCCCUUCUACCCCAAAACAACUGCCUCUUAUCAUGUCUGUGUGUCACUUGCACGCGUAGAUGUGUGUUUAAUGAGGGCAGCUGAGCGGUUCGAUGGACUUUCUCUACUUUACUGGACGAUCAUGGGACCACAUGGCAUCAACAGAGCUGUGCAGAGACUGGAGUUCUGCGACUGCAAGAAGGGACUCGGGGUGAAAAUAACCGGCGGGUACCGUGAGAUUACAGGAGAGGACUUUGGGGUCUACAUCAAGCGGGUGGUGGCUGGAGGCCUGGCUGACCAGGAUGGUCGCCUUAGGUCAGGUGACCUCAUUUUGGAUGUCAACAAUAACAGUCUGAUAGGUGUGACCAAUGAGAGGGCGGUGGAAAUCUUACGGACGGCCGCCUACUCCAAUCACAUGUCUCUGUUGGUUGCCAGAGACAAUGAAUCCAGGAGAGAGUUUGCAGAGUUCAUGGAAAAGUACGGGUCCAGCACCGUCAGCAGACAUUCCGGAAGGAUCUCUCCUACCCAGCUCUCUACAGUGAAGCUGACGGACACAGCCUCCUCGUCUUCUUCCUCUCGCUCUGAGAGCCCCCUGCUCCUCAGUCCCAAAGAGGGGGUGGGUACCACCUCUGCCUCCACCCAUGGACCCCCGUACACCCCGCUGCCUGCCCACCACUCCAGCCCCUACUCUGUGCAAACGCCUCUACCACAGGUCUUCAGUGACAGUCUCAUUCGGUUGAUAUGCGUCUCCAAGGGAACAGGGUUAGGGCUCGUCAUUAAAGGCGGGACCAACAGCCCUGAAGGACCAAUGGUUUUCAUUCAGGAGAUGGUGCCAGGAGGAGACUGUCAGAAGGAUGGCAGACUGCAGGUAGGGGACCAGCUUGUGUCCAUCAACAAGGAGUCUUUGAUCGGAGCGAGCAAUGAGGAGGCUCAGAGCAUCCUGGCAAGCACAAAACUCAGACCGGACCCCACGGUGGAGAUAGCCUUCAUCAGGCGGCGCUCUUCGUCCGGAUCCAGCAGUGAAACCCAGAGCCCCACCAUCUCCCUGCAGGGGCCUGUAGGGGGCACUGUGUCCCAGUCCUCGGCUCCAGGGCUGGGGCCGCUGCACUCCCAGGCUGGCCUCUUGACCAAACUGCCCCCCGUCGCCGUACGCCCCCCCCCGCCCAGCAUAGCGCUGCCCACGCCGCCCGUGCUCAACGUCAGCCAGGUGCACGGGGCGCCCGUCAGAACAGAACCAAAGUGUGUCUCCACUGACAGCGCUAUCGACACCUGGCCAGGUCUAAUACCAAGCACCACACUCCCUGUGGUUCCAGACCCCCCCCCCAGCGGCCAUACUGCAGACAUCCCAGCCCCCCCCUGGAAGAGCUCCCUCGGCCCCCAACAUCGCCUGAAAUUGGAGAGGCUGGAGCAGGCUCUGGAUGUGCUUGGCUUGAAGCCCACAGAGUUACAGAGGCAGGCACUGGGGUCUCGACUCCGGGCAGACACAGCUGGGACUGUGGCCUACGCAGAGUUUGAGAGCCUAUCCAAGGAGCUCUUCAAGCCCCAGCUUCAGGAUGGUGUGCCAGUGUCCCAGGUGGGGUCAAAGUUCUCCUCUGAUAACCUGUCCAGUCUUCUAGAGUCUCCCACAAACCCACUGCCAUCACUGUCAGACUCUGACGAUCUGGAAGAGAUGGAGCGACUGAGGAAGGACCACAUCGAGGCGCUGAGAGAGAUCCAGAAGCUACAGGUUCAACUGGCUGAGUCUCAGAGACUGCAUCUCGUGACAGAGGAGGAGCUUAACAAGGUCAAGCAGGAGGUCCAAUCCGGAGCAGUGGAGAGCAGGGCCCUGCGAUGCCGGGUGCAGCUGGCGGAGGUGGCCCAGAAGCAGGCCCGAGGCAUGGAGAUGGACUACGAGGAGGUCAUCCACCUGCUGGAGACUGAGAUCGCAGAGCUGAAAACGCAGAGGGCCGGACAGCCCUUCCACCCCAAGGAGGAAGCUGAGGAGCUGAAGAAGAGGGUGGCAGUCCUGGAGUGCCAGCUACGGAAGAGCGAAGGGGCCAAAAAGAGCUUUGAGUUGUCCACGGGCAAACUCCUUAACUUUGUAGAGACAGUUCAAGACUUCCUCCAAGAUACCCAAGGCACCAGUAAGAGCAACAGCUCUGGAGAGGCGAAGGUGGGCCCCGUGGCCCUGGCCCCCGCCCCGCGCCACAAGAAGGGCUCCUGGACAGUGGCCACACUCUCUCAAGAAGCCAAGGACCUCACCCGGACCGUCAGAGCCAUCCUGGAGGUGGACUGUCUACCGUAUGGCUGGGAUGAGGCCUACACGGCAGAGGGAGUCAAGUACUUCAUCAAUCAUGUGACCCAGACCACCUCAUGGAGUCCACCCGUGACCCCCGUCUCCCCGAAGUCGCCCCCAGCUCCGGAGCGGAUCUAUGAGGCUGAUAACAGAAGCCAGACAAAGCUGGAAGUUGGAUAG